UAGAACAUGUUCUCAGUGUUGUCAGUGUUCUGGACUCUCCUGCUACCCCUGCUGGUUGAAAGUUUUCCAGGUUCACAGGAGCUGUUUCCGAUAGAUUGCUCUGAUGUCUACGCUAUCGGACAAACGCUCAGCGGAGUGUACACAAUCUACCCUACUAAGGAAACACCUGUCCAGGUAUACUGUGAUAUGGGAUAUUGGGAAAGUCUAACAAAAGAUGAGAACUGGACGGUAUUUCAGAGGAGAAUGGAUGGCAGUGUAAAUUUCUACAGACCUUGGCAGCACUACAAGAAAGGCUUUGGGGACAAGGAUGGAGAAUACUGGCUGGGAUUAGAAACCAUCUACCAGCUAACCCGUAAGAGGACGUACGAGCUGAAAGUGGACCUGCAAGACUUUGAUGGAGUGUCGGUUUAUGCUCAGUAUUCUUCCUUCUCUGUCGAAUCAGAAGCCGAGGGCUACAAACUCCACGUUAGUGGCUUCAUCGAUGGAGGUGCAGGUGAUGCUAUGGCGAUCAACAAUGAACAGAAAUUCUCCACUUUUGAUAAAGACCAAGACCCACUGGCAGAGUUAAACUGUGCUAAAAAAUUUCUUGGGGCUUUUUGGUACAAUAACUGCCAUGAUACUAACCCUAAUGGGAUAUAUAUCUGGGGACGUGACGGCACUCAUUACGCCAUCGGAAAUCUAUGGCACAAAUGGAAAGGCAAUGAUUAUGGUCUCAAAUACAUUGCUAUGAAGAUUAGACCUGUGUCGGUUACACAGUGAUGAGUUUACCUUAAGGACAUCACUGUUG